GAAUACAGAUAGUGUUCAACUGCGACUUGAGAUGCAUGUUUUCAGUGAGUUCUCCACGACUGUGACGUCACAAGCCGCGGUUAACAGGUGCGCUAGACCGUAGGAAAGCCAGCAGGCGAUUUGAAACAGUCUCAAAAUUACUAAAUUACUGUAAUCCUAACUAAACGGUCAGAUCUCGACAAUUAGGUACGACAAAAUCAACGUUAUCUUCAAUUAUCACAGUUUGUGAAGGCUGCCCAAUAACCUGUGAAGGUUUUUUUCAAUAGUUGCUAUCAUCUCCCCCUAGACAAUAUUUAUCUUAGAACAUUUGUGUGAGCUACCGUACCGUAUCUUUCAUUUUUUUCAAAAUAUACAUCAUACAUUUUCUCUGAGAUAAAUGAAUCAACAUAUUUGAAACUUGUGACAUUUUAUGAACAGUUUAUUAUGAAACUAUCAGUAGGAAAUAUGUGAUAAAGUUUGAAUAUCAGUGACAAGAGUUGAUAGUGUUUGUAAUUUUUCUGUGAAUUUUACAUGCCUGUUCAAAAAUUUUUCUACGCCUUUGGAUAUGACCAAGGAUAGAUUACAGGAUUUGCAAGCGGUACUAAGGAAAAAUCGAGCUGAAGAUGAAAGUUGUGAUUGGGGAAGAUAUGGAGCCAUCAAUCAAGCCAUUGACAUCGAGCUGGAUGAGGAUGCUGGCUACAUGGACAACUUCUUUAGAGAGGUGGAGCAGGUUAGAUCCUGGAUAGAAGAUAUAAAGUUACAUGUAACUGAGAUGAAACAAAUUCAUGACCAACUGUUAUUGCUGCCUCGUCCUGAUGAGCAAAUGAAACAACAGUUGGAAGACAAGACAGAAACUGUGAAGCAGAUAGCAAAGAAUGUGAAUAAGCAUUUAAAAUGCAUGGAGCAGCGAAUCAAAAACGAGAGCGAGGAGAGUGAGGGAGGAGGGGGCGCCGUGUCGACGGGGUUCCGCAUCAGGAAGACGCAGUACAACACGCUGCUGCACCUGUUCGUCGAAGCCGUCACCCAGUUCAACCUGCAGCAGGUCUACUACAAGGACAAGUUUGAAAAACGCGUGCAGAGGGUCAUAUCGCUGGCAAAAGCACAAAUUUCUGAUGAGAAAUUAGAGGAAAUUCUAGAACAGGGAGACUACAACACUAUCUUCAAUGGAGAUAUAAUAACAGAGACAAAAAAGGCGCAAAAGGUAUUGGAGGUGGCGCAGAAACGUCAAGAAGAACUUCUAAAACUUGAAAAGUCAAUUAUAGAGCUCAGCAAUUUAUUUUCAGAGAUGGCUAUGCUUGUGGAUCAACAGGGAGAUAUGAUAAAUAGCAUCGAGCGUCACGUAAUAGGAGCAAAAGAAUACGUUGAAGUUGCCAAAUUUGAAACGAAAAGAGCGCUUCAAUACAAGGAGAAAGCUAGAAAGUUGAAGUUGAUCAUCUUUGCAUCGAUCCUACUGGUUGUUUGCCUACUAAUAGCUUGGACAAUCUACAAGUUCUAUCCAAGAAAAUCAUAGUGAAACUACUAUUAAAAACUUCCAGACAUUCUUGAAAAACAAUGAAAUUCAAAAGUGAAUUUUGUGUAGAGCAUUGAUUUUAAAUUUAGUAUUAUCUAAAUAUAGAGGAGAGACUCGGAUCGAAUUUAGAUGAUUCAGUGUUUCUUGUGCUGAUCUUAUUAGUCAAUGUACAGCUCGAAGAAAUUCAUAAUUCAUCAAUAUAGAAAAGCAUUUUUAGAAGUUAAGCUUUUCAUAAAGUUUUUAGUUAAUUAAAAUACUCAAGGAUAGUCAAAAUGAAUCAAUAGUAGUGAAUUUGACUUGCCAAAUUAUUUACUUUAUAGGAUUAUAGGAUAUUAUAACUUCAUGUCAUCUUGUUUGAGUUUGCUACUACAAAAGUGAUUUUGGAAAAACCAAUUUAAACCGUUUCUGUAUGUAAAAACGAUAUGUUCCAAGACUGAUUUCAAAGCUAGACACCCAAUUUUAAAUCUUACUGUGUAUUUGAUAUUUAAAAGAUCAUUUGUCGAAUUAAAUUAGAUUAUUUGUGAAAUAUUAUUCAAAAUGAGAUACGCAAAGUGUGGUGCAAGCGUAUGAAAACGUUCCAUGAUCUUAGAUUUUGAAUUUUAAUGAAUAAUGUACUUCCGUUUUUGAUAAAUGUACUAUAUUUAGUUCAUUAAAAUUUUAUUUUACAACAAAUCAAUGUUAUUGCGAUGUUAGUCAAUAAUUUGAAAAUUACGGUAUAGCUUAUUUCAUGGGUUAAUUUCAAAGUUUGUUGGAUGAAUAAGCUUUUAAUUUGCAUAAAUUUCUUAUGAUUCUUAUUAUUAUGAAUUUCAAUAUGUAUGUAGUUGAGAAAAAUAAAAAGGCUACAUUUCUAUAUCAUUAGAAUGACAUUGUUAGAUUCGGAAAGGUUUAUGAUAUUACUCAUACGUCAGAUGAAAAAUCUAGUCAUGCCCUGGAUUUCUACACCAUUUCUAAGAUAUAAAACAGCUACACACAAAUAACUACAAACAUUAACGAUACAACUAGCAUUCAAAUGAUACUGGAACAUUGAUAUGAAUCACUAAGCCCAAAUACAUCUUCAGUAACCAACUACUUCCCAUGUAUUACUUUCAGAUCUUCAGAAACUCACAAAACACGGUACCUAGUUUUCAUACUUUGAUGUGGUGGGAAUGAUAGUUGAUGAUACUUUGAAGGUCAUUCAUCUUCUCAUAAUAGACUAUGAAGGUACACUGUGAAAAAAUAAUUAAUUCAAGGGUUGAAAAUAAAUUAAUUUAUUGGCAC